UUGCAUCGGUAAUAUGCAUCACACCUUCCUUCCCUCCGCUAUGGAACGGUCAGGGAAUUAGCCGCCCUGCGCGCGCGAGUUAAGCCAGGGGUUCCGGGAGCGCGCGCGGAUUGUCCACCAUCUCAGCCCCCUCGCCAGGCUGUGCACCUCGCGCGUCUUAUCAUCCAUCUCCAUAGCACAGAUCUGAUCCUCCACGAGCACUGGGAUGAAACGGAAAAGAACGUAUGUCUGUCACCACAGCAAUGAGUGAGACGUCGUCCAUUCACUCUGCGAAGCUUGUGUCAUUGGCCCGAUCGCUGUCUGGGCUGGGGCUCGACGCCGCCAAUGGAGGCGCCAUCAUUCUGCCUGACACCGACGAGCCUCCUCCUCCGGAGUCUGGCAUAGAUCUUGGCCCUGGGCUUUUUUUCGCUGAUGGCAAGAGGAAGGUGGACUAUGUCCUUUGCUACAAAUACAAAAAAAGGCGGGCAUCCAAGGCACGACUUUCCAUUACAUCCAAUGGUAGCAUACCAAUACAGAUAACAGGCCGAUGGGAAACUGAGGCAGAUUCAGGGGAGGCAGGUGCACCUGCAGGAGAUGUGGAGGAGUCAAAGCUGACUGAUGAGGAAAAGGCUUUAAUGAGGGAGGAGUUUGAAGCUGGACUACUCGAAGCUGGACUACAGUUAGAGCGUGAAAAAGAGAGGUCAAACGGCAUAGGGUUUAUUCGGCUGCAUAUCCCAUGGCCAAUACUCAGCCGCGAAGCAGAGCUUCAGAAGAUCAAAGUUCCUGUGAAAAAGAAGUGUGAAUUGCGGAAACGGAUGGGCAUUGCUGGAAUAUGGGAUUCCAUUGCCACUAAAGUCAACACACCGUUUCAACCAGACGUCCCUGAUUUUGACAUCCACAGAGACUCACAGACAAAAGUCAACAUCAAAACCCUCAAACACUCUUUUAUCAGAGACAAGCUCCACCUGUAUGACAUCAAGUCAACAGACACUGUAUUUGACAAUGCAACACGCAGCAGAAUAGUUGCUGAGAUUAUUUCACGCACUACCUGCAGACAAACUUGCCAAACCACUGGCAUCAAUUCAUUAUUGGCUCGGGGUGUCUACGACUCUGCCUUCCCUCUGCAUGAUGGGUCGUUUACAAGGAGAGGACGGAAAGAUCAGCGAAAUGACAGACAGCUCCUCCAUGAAGAAUGGGCUAACUAUGGAGUCAUGCUUAAAUACCAGCCUGUGGACCUGAUCAGAAAAUACUUUGGAGAGCAGAUUGGAUUGUAUUUUGCCUGGCUGGGUGUUUAUACUCAGCUCCUCAUCCCUCCCUCUGUACUGGGCAUCAUUGUCUUCCUGUAUGGCAUAUUUACUGUGGAUACCAAUGUGCCAAGUCAGGAAACAUGUGAUGACAACCUGAACAUCACCAUGUGUCCACUGUGUGAUGGAGUGUGUGACUACUGGCGGCUCAGUUCGGUGUGCUCCCUGGCUCGAACAUCAUACCUCUUUGACAACGGAGCCACUGUCCUCUUUGCUAUUUUCAUGUCUCUAUGGGCUGCUUGGUUCCUUGAGCACUGGAAGAGGCGACAGAUGUGUCUGAAGCAUACCUGGGACCUGACAAGCUUGGAGGAUGAGGAGGAGCGAGUCCAGGAGGCGUUGAGGCCUGAUUAUGAAGAGGCUUUACAGGAGAAGAAACAUAAGAUGAAAGCACGGUCUAAAAAGAAGUUCACACAAAGCGGGGAUGGUGUAGAUGGAGAAACAGACCAGAUGCUGGCCUCCCAGCAAGAACCAGAGUCCCUGGACAUUGAGGAUCACCUGUCAGGUUACCUCAUCAAUGUGUCCACCUUACUACUGCUGAUCUUCGUGACCUUCUCAGCAGUGGUAGGCGUGGCAGUGUACCGCAUCUGCAUGUUAAGUGUGUGGUCCAUGAACCCUGAUCCUGAAGCCAAGGCCAGCGUAAGGAUGACGGUCACCACCACAGGGAUCAUCCUCAACAUGCUGGUCGUUCUGGUUUUGGAAGAGGUCUAUGGAGCAAUCGCUGUGUGGCUGACUGAGCUGGAACUUCCUAAGACAAAGGAAGAGUUUGAAGAGAGGCUGAUCUUCAAGUCUUUCUUUCUCAAAUCCAUGAACGCCUUCGCACCUAUUUUCUAUGUGGCCUUCUUCAAGGGCAGGUUUGUUGGGCGGCCUGGCGAUUAUGUUUAUGUCUUUGGAGACUAUCGCAUGGAGGAGUGUGCUCCUCCAGGCUGCCUCAUUGAGCUGUGCAUCCAGCUCAGCAUGAUCAUGCUUGGAAAACAGCUCAUCCAAAACAAUGUGUUUGAGGUUCUCAUACCUAAACUGAAAAAGAUGUACAGAACAAUACAGGAAGAAAAAGGAAAGAAAAGAGCAGCAGAGAAUGAGAAUAAUGAAUCAGAAGAGAAGAGACCAAAACAACAAUUUGACAAAGAUUUUGCUCUGGAGCCUUUUGAAGGUGUAAGCCCAGAGUACAUGGAAAUGAUAAUCCAGUACGGGUUCGUGUCUCUGUUUGUGGCCUCCUUCCCACUGGCACCUGCGUUUGCUCUGCUCAACAAUGUCAUCGAGAUUCGCCUCGAUGCUGCAAAAUUUGUCACUGAGAUCCGGCGGCCUGACGCUGUGAGGUGUAAAGACAUAGGGAUUUGGUACAACAUUCUCUGUGGAAUCAGCAAGUUCUCUGUCAUUACCAAUGCAUUUGUGAUCUCCUUCACGUCAGAGUUUGUUCCACGAAUGGUUUACCAGUACAUGUACAGUGUAAAUGGCACCAUGAAUGGCUACACAGAGCACUCACUGUCCUACUUUAAUGUCAGCAACUUCCCACUGGGCACCGCACCCACAACCACCCUCAUCACCGGAGUGUCCAUGUGCAGGUAUAAGGACUACAGAGACCCUCCAUGGGCACCAGAUGCCUACACCUUCUCUAAACAGUACUGGUCUGUCCUCGCAGCAAAGCUGGCCUUCGUAAUAUUCUUCCAGAACCUUGCCAUGUUCCUUAGCAUGCUGGUUGCCUGGAUGAUCCCAGAUGUGCCGCGGUCUCUGCGGGAACAGCUGAAGAAAGAGAACAUGAUGCUGAUGGAGUUUCUGCUGAAUCAGGACCAGGAGCAACGUGCCAAAUCUCACUCCCCAAGACGCUCCAUCCCCUGCUUCCCUGCCACCAUAGAUAUUGUGGUGGAGGCACCACCAGAAGAAGAGGAGCAACAGCAAGUGCAGGAGGAGGAAGAAGAAGUUGGAGUUGAGAUCAGCCUGGAUAAAUCCAGGCGAAGCAGUGACAGUGAUCCAGAGGUUGGUAAGUCACUUGAAGAAGUUGAAGAAAAUGGAGACAAAACGCGAGGAUGUGAAGAAGAUGAGGUCAGAGAGGGAGAACGGGGAGAAAGGGAAAAAGAUGAAGAGGUCACUGAAGAGGAUGGAAAAGGUGAUAAUGAGCGAGAGGAAAGAGAAGAAAAAGAGGAAGAAAGACAAAUAAAGAUGGAGAUAAACGACACUGAAGAGAAAGCAGAUGAAAAGGAGAAUUUUACUGUCGACCUGGAUUCCUUCAUGGACGACCUGGGCCUGUUAGAUGAUGAACCCUCAUCGAGCACAGCUAAAAGUACAACGCUUCCCCGCUCAGGCUCCAAACAGGGAUACCAGAAAGACCAGGAGCCCCCGUCCCAUCCAGAUCCACCAUCUAAAAGAGGCUCCUCUCAGAGUCUGAGGAGCUCCAGAGCAGAUAUUACAACAUCAGAUAUUGACACUAAGCUCUUCUCAUUAAUUGCUCCUCCUCCCAGAGAGCCAGGCUCAAGGGCAAAGGCCCGCUGCUCCACCCUGCCUUCCCGCCACAGAGGGGCUGAAGCUUGUUACAGUCUGCCACGACCCAGCCACUCCACCAGCCUCACAAGGUUUCAGCAGGCGGCCUCACUUACUCCCCUGGUUCCCCUGGGCGCUUCAUUAUCAGCCUCAUCCAACCCAUUCUCUCCCCCACACACACCGGUGUCACCUUUAUCUCCACAUCACACACAGUCCCCACAGCCCAAAGCCCCCAGUGAACUAUUCGCACUGAAAGCCCCUCCGCCCCAACAGCCACGCUCCAGGGCCAAAGCCCGGUGCUCCACCCUGCCUACAAGACAAAGAGUCCCCGGCCCAGAGGAGCACUCCACCAAGCCAAGCCAUUCCACCAGCUUCACGAAGCUGGGAGAUCGCAUCCCUCCUUCCCCCAGUGAACUGAAGCGCAACACACCAGUAUGAGGAGAGCUGGAAGGCGAGGGAAAGGGACAGAGGGUGGCAGAGGGAGGGGGAGGACUAUCCAGAUUAUCUUCUCCUGUGUGUGCCUGGAGCCUCACCCCUCCGUCUGUCCUCCCUAUCUGCAUACAUAAUACCUGGGGUCUGAAGGGAGACCAUCCAGAUCAACUGAACCUCCUUUUUAUCCUCUUAAUCUUCACAGAGAUGUUUAUACUGCUCAGUGGUUUAGGGCUGUUCCUGACAAGGGGAGUGCUGGACAAUUCAGAGAAAGACAAUGCAAUCCUCUGAAACUCUCCUUACCAUGCCUGAAGGAAACACCACUGGAACUUUAACUCUUUCUAUUCUUUUUAUUUAUUUUUUGAUUGUUGUUGUUUUUUUGUCGGUUUGUUUUUGCCCACAGCCACAGUUCAAUAGCCGCUGCUCCUCCUGUUAUUUUGAAUCCCACACAUGCAGCAGUGCUGCCUUGUAGACCAGAGGGACAUGGAAAUUAUAUCCAGCACAGCUAGAAUAAACAGUUAUGCUUGUAGAUCUACUGUUUAUUUUUAGAAGUUUUGAUAUAUAAAAUAUGUAAAAUCAUAAUAAAAGAAGGACAUAUUUUUGA